UUGAAUACAGAACAAGCGAGAGCAUUUAGAAUCGUUGCAGAACAUAGUCUUCAAAUAAAGUCCGAGCCAUUGCGUAUGUUCAUUGGGGGUGCAGGAGGUACAGGCAAGUCGCGUGUCAUCAAUACACUAAAAGAGUUCUUCCAUCGACGCAAUCAGAGCAGACGAUUUCGACUCGCAUCAUAUACCGGAGUGGCUGCAAAAAACAUUUCAGGGAUGACACUGCACUCAGCACUCAGUAUUGGACAA